AUGUUUAAACAGAAUACACGCCUCGCUACAAGGCUAGCAAGGGCCUCGGUGCCUACUGUCCCUCAAAUUGCCCCUCUGAGAACUCGCGGGUUUUCGUCUAGGGGCCCCAAGACCCUGGUGACUAGCGUUCAAACAAACGAAGCAUACGCACCAAUUAAAGCCGCCGGCCAAGUCUGGCUUUCCGGCCAGAUACCAGCAGAUGCCGAAGGGAACUUGAUCAAAGGAUCCAUAACAGAACAGACGGAAAUCAUCAUAAAGAAUACCGAAGCUAUCCUAAAAGCGUCCGGCACCGGGCUAGAAAGAGUCGUCAAAGUAGUGGUCUAUGUCAGAAAUGCAGAUAUCAUGCCCGAGUUCGCAUCGGUGUAUGAUGUCGCAUUCCCACAUCGCCCUGCGCGUUCUAUGGUGGAGGUGUCGAAGUUGCCUGCGGGGGUGGAUAUCCAAGCGGACUUCAUUGCUGUUGUAUAA